AUUGGCUGCUGGUGUCUCAGAAGGUGGAACCAGGGUCUUUAAAUGUACUGAGCAGUUCAGUACUGCAGUAGAGCACACAGAGCUGCAUGACACAUACGUAAAGAAUCUGAGAGCAGAAUGGCCUGGUUUAUGUGUUUCGUGGCACCAGUAAUGAUGAUGAUGAUGAUGAUGAUAGAAAAUGAGGCGACAUAUGGACCAUACAGGUAUAUCCAGGACAGACCUGCAGUGAGACAUAGACCACUGACCUACAGCAGACCUGCUCAUGGAAACAACAUCAACUAUGGAGCUCCAGUGGAAGUGUGCAAGAGCCGCCCGCUGGACCUGGUGUUCAUUAUCGACAGCUCUCGCAGCGUCCGUCCUGCGGAAUUCGAAAAGGUCAAAGUGUUCCUCUCGGAUAUGGUGGACUCACUGGAUGUUGGCAUCGAUGCCACACGUGUCGGACUGGUCAACUACGCCAGCACGGUAAACAUUGAGUUCCACCUGAAGACGUUCACCAACAAAGCUGAUCUGAAACGCGCCUUCCCUCGGGUUGAGCCGCUCUCCACCGGGACCAUGACUGGCCUGGCCAUUAAAACAGCCAUGGAGAAAGCAUUCACAGAGGAGUCUGGUGCCAGGGCAGCAAAUAAAAAUAUCCCUAAGGUGGCGAUUAUUGUGACAGACGGGCGGCCGCAGGACACGGUGGAGGAGGUGUCGGCUUCGGCGAGGGCCGUCGGGAUAGAGAUCUAUGCCGUUGGAGUGGACAGGGCCGACAUGAAAUCCCUGCAAGCAAUGGCAAGCCAGCCUCUGGAUGAUCAUGUGUUCUAUGUGGAGACGUACGGUGUGAUCGAGAAACUCACGUCCAAGUUCAGGGAAUCUCUGUGUGGUAUCGAUGCAUGUUCUCUCAGACACGACUGCGAGCACGAAUGCGUGAACAACUUCAACUCUUACUACUGCAAGUGCAGAGAGGGAUACGUGCUUAACCUGGACAAGAAAACAUGCUCACAGGCCAAGGAGGCUCGUGGUGAUUUGAUGGAGGAUGCUUGCAUGUGUGAAGCUCAGAUCGCAUUCCAGAAGAAGGUCCAUCACAGUGUUAAAGAGAUAAAUGGCAAACAUAUCCUUUCACUUCUUCUGCUAAUCACACAUGGCUUUAUAAAUACACACAAUACCCACUUACUGUGUUCAUGAGUUGAAACUGUGUAAUAUAAAUAAAUAUAAAUAUAAAUCACUUCUUAUAAUUUUGGCUAAGAUCAAGUGUAGUGUAAUAUAAAGCUUAAUUAUAUACUAUGCACCUUUGUGUUUAAUGUCUUUGUGCUUUGUCUUAUGUUUUUUUUACUUGAC